AUGGAUGUGUCAAUAGAAUUAAAAUCCUUGCUCAUAAACUUGUUAUUUGUAUACAGUAAAAACUUUGUACAAUCUCGACAUAAUGACAAUUCAGGCCCUACUGAGGCCGAAGACCGAUUAAAUGUUUUCUCUCAAAAUUUAGAGUUUAAUAAUGUUUUUACCAAUAAACGGCCUGAAAAUGUGGAAAGAUCAACUAAUUUAAAUAAAUCCAAAUUUCGCCUAGUCAUCGUUGAUAUUAACGAUAAGAGGUCUAAUGAUUUGGUUGACUAUCGGUACAAUGCCCCGAAUGAUAUACACAUUUUCACAGCCAUUCAACCCAACGUAAUUAAAAGGGUUAUGGAUGGCGAAAAAUUACUAUGGGACUCUGGAAAUAAGGAGUUUGCUGAUGAAAUAUUUGUAAAAUAUAGUGAGGGUAAGCCUACCCUUAGAAUUCAUUCUUUCGGAGAUGAAUCUCCCAGAGAGCUUGCCGCUCGUCCAAUGGAAGUUGAGCCUAAAAAUAAAAAUGAUUUUGUUGCAUACAAAAUCGAUGAAAAUAAAUUGGCUGCUGAGCAACCACAAUUGUCUGAGGACGGCAACUACAGAAUUGUAUGGAAACCCAGAUAUUCUGAGCAUUACGGAAAGGCUUUACUCAUACCUGAUUCAUCGGGCAGGCUUACGGUCAAAGCCAUCUUUCCACAACCCAAGAAACUUGAGCUAGUUCCAGUUGCUUCCAAGAAAUCUGUGAAAAAGGAGCCCGAAGAAUUAACUAAGAAGAAAGCUGAAGAACUAACUAAAAGGGAAGCCCAAGAAGUUAAGGAGACCAAGGAAGUGACUCAACCAAAGGUUGCUACAGAAGAACAAAAACCAAAGGUAUCAGCACCUAAACCAGAAAACGCUCCAUUGAUUGUUCCUAAAAGUCGCCUCAAAGAUUUAUUAAAUACCGAAAUUGUUGGUAUCGAUCUGAAUAUUAAUUCAGAUUCGAGCACCGACGAGUACAGUUUCAGAAGAAAUUAUGUUAAUGACAAAAUUUUUUCUGCAAAACCCGGCUAUGGAUUCAAAUCUGUUAAAAAUAAUGGAUCAACAUUAUGGGAAGCGAGAGACGCAUCGCAGUAUGCAGAAUACGUUGACAUUUAUGACACUGGCCAAAUGACAAGAGAUAUGGUAAUAUUUAUGUAUAAUGGAAAUAUAGCAAAAUACAGGAGACCCUUUUUGAGCCCCGUAUGGUUUAAACGUGAAGACCAUAAAGAAUUUUCUAAAUACCUGAACAAGGACAACACUCCUAAAAAACGACAAACUGAGUAUGUUAUGGGAUAUUCAAAAUCCGGAAGUCAAUGUAACGCCUUUAUUUGCGCCAUAACAUUCGGAACCUUCCAGUGCUGCUGA